AAAAGGAACUCGUGAAAGUUGUGCAAAUUUACCAAUCUGAAACAAUCCCAAAACUUGGAGCGCAGUCCAUGAGCUCGGAGUUCAUAUACACCGUCCUGUACAAUAUUUCUGACAAGAAAAUUUGCCCCGCUGUAACUGCUUUCCAAAUUUAAACCCUAUUUACGGUCAAAUCUGCUGGCUCCACAAACAACAGUAGCCUUUUAUCCUGGAACGUGUGUUUCCUUUUCUUGAAAACUAUUUAAGCAGAAGACGUCAGGACUGGAAUGACCGUCGAAAAUUAUAGCAGAGAAAACAGAGAAAUAAACAGUCACUUCAGAUCCAACUACAAAGCAGAGCAGUGCGGAGGUAUAACAUGUUACAGCCCUCGACCCUGCGCAUUUGUAUGCAGUCUCGACCAAUUGCUGCUGCUGCUGAGAGACAAAAGAGCCGCAAGAGCCACGACAAAUUAAACCACAAUUCAGGCUCACAAAAAUCCCUGGUGCUUCAUGCAUUUGCGGACUUGUCUCGAGUUUCACCAUUGGUUUUCGUGCACAUACUCCAAAACACCUACGUUCCAAGGAAUGGAAAAGCAAUCGUAAAGUUUCAGGCUCUUCGUCAACAAGUUAUACAUGCUUUGCCCAGUGCUCCGCCACCUGGACCUGCCACUUAUGUUGUGUCCUGCCUCAAUGCUUUGCUUGUCCUUGAUGCUGACAGCAAUGAAGCCCUUAGUCACUUGUUGACAUCAGCUCUUUCAUCUUUGGACAAAGUGAACAUGUCUAUAGCUGAUUCGGCUGAAGCACGGAUACUGGCAUCAAAGUUGUUCCAGAAUGUAAUUACAGGAUCAGUGACUCUAAGGGUGCGUGUCCUGGUUAAACUAGCAACAGUUUUUGGAAUUCGGUUGAGAGAUAUAAGGGAAGUGGUGCACACACCUGAAUUGGAUGAGGCUGAAAAAAAUAUGAAAGUAACAACCUGUAUAGAAAAAUAUAUUUUAGGAUUGAUUAAAUUGCGCUUGUACACUAGUGCGGUUGCUCUGUUAAAGCAAUUUUCUCUUCAGCACUCUAGUUCACAUGACUUCUUGCUUGCCAUGAUCCAUGACAAUCAAUUUGAAGCAGCAGAAGAAUGGGCAGCAUACAUGGGAAAGUAUAUGAUCUGCUCUCUUAUACGGCACUUGACAGAGAUGGGUAUGUUCAAGAAAGCUUAUAAGAAUGUAGAAAAAUAUAAUUUGCUGCAGGAAUUUCCUGGUGCAUAUCAUCAAUAUAGGAAAAGUACCUUGAGGAAGCUCAUAGAAAAAGAAUGCUGGGAUGUUGCAGAGGCAAUAGCCACUGAAGACUGCAUACUUGUUCAAUACAUGGUUUCUUUAGCACAAGAAGUGGGCAAUGAAGAAAAGGCAGCUGAUCUCUGUGAUCGCCAUGGGUUAGCAUAUAUUCCUUUGAGUUCAGCCCAGGGCAGAGCUAUUAAGACUCAGUACUUGCAAGUGUUAGACUAUGUUUCUGAAGAAAAUGUUAUUUGGGUUGACACGGCUGAUGGUUUGGCUAAUGCUAAGCAACAUUUUUCCACAAUUAAGAUUGCUGGAAUAGACUGUGAAUGGAGACCUAAUCUAUUGAAAGAAGAGAAGAUGAAUAAGGUUUCUAUUAUGCAAAUUGGUACGGGUAAAAAGGUGUACAUCAUUGAUUUAAUCAAAUUACACGUCGAGAAGCCGGAUGAGUUGGACAACUGUCUUAGAUACAUUUUUCAUUCUUCUAACAUUUUGAAGUUAGGUUAUGCCUUGCAUAAUGAUUUGGGGCAGCUUUUGCAUUCAUACAAAGAUAUGGCAUGUUUUCAUUACUGUGAGCCUAUUUUGGACCUGCAAGCACUUGGUGGCCAUUCUAAGGGAGGUCUCUCUGGCCUUGCAAAGACCGCAUUGGGAGGUUAUUUGAAUAAAGCAUUGCGAAUGACUGACUGGGAGAAGCGUCCCUUGAGCCCUAACCAGCUGCAUUAUGCAGCCCUUGAUGCAGCUGUCUUGAUUCCUAUCUUUAAUUUUGUGUCAUGCCAACAAUUUGCCCUUGGAGAGGGGAGUGAGGUCCUCGCUGAUUGGAAAUCACAUGUUAAAUGCUUCAAAUCCAAUUUCAGUCACAAGAAGAACCCUGCAAACCAAGAGGAGAAAGAUCAAUCAGUUUCUUCAGAGGCUAUUCAAAUGGAUGCUAAGACGGUUUGCUCAAAAUCUUUGGUUGCCAAAGAUAAACUUCCGCAUGCAGACCAGGAAUCCAAUGCUGUUGAUGCUUUUGGACCUGAAGCAAGUAUGCGUGCAAGUUGCAAUAUGGAUGUGUCAUGCAUAUUAGAAGAGGAGCUAGUCUAUACAAGUUGCAAUCUCCUGGGGUUACCAAUGCCUGGACUUUUGAAGAGUGAGCUACAGAAUUAUGCUCAGAGUAAAUUGCUUCCUCUUCCUACAUACAAUGUGUCACAAAUAAUUGGACCGGCCAACAAAUUGCUUUAUUUCUGUACUUUGAGAGUUGGAAGCAUGGAGUUUUGCGGGCGUCUGUCAUCUUCAAAAAGGGAAGCAGAAAUUUCAGCAGCUAUAGAUGCAAUUUCACACCUUUUCAAAGGAGAAGAUUGUGGUGAAGGGAAUAUUUGAAGCUAUUGAGCUUAAUUGUAACGUCUGUUUGAAGAGCUUGCAACGUCUGGCAAUAUGUAUUUAAAUUUUAAUCUGAAGAUAUAAAAUUUGAAGUGUUGGAAAUAAAUGACUCUACAAGUGGCAUAUGAAUCAAAAUUCUGUAGAUAGUGGAGUAUUUUAAUUACCUUGAUAAUUUCUACCUUUUACUGGACACAAUUAAUGUAUGCAGCUCUAUACUUGCCAAUUUGAUAUGCAUCUCAUUAAAUAUUAAACGAGGAUUCCUUUGUGAAA